AAAGUUUAAAAGUUUGUAUGUGCAUCUUUGAGUCUGUAUAUGUGUGUGUUAGGGGUUGGCUGACCACUCUGGACAGCCCCUUCCUGAGAACACUGCUGUUCCGAGACAGGAAGUCAAGACCAAAAUAAGGACGAUAGAGUAAGAGAGAACUUUUUUUUUUCUGAAAUUUAUUUUCUGCUAGGUGAAGAGAAUUAUUGCUCUGUUAAAUGAAAACAGGCGAAUAGAACAGCAAAGGGCGAAGAUGGGCGAGUUCAGACCGCAUAUGUGAGAAGUAAAAGGAAACACGAAGAAGCAAGACCUCCGACGGGAAGGGGGAAAAAAGGUUGUGGUGUAAAAGACACAACGAUGAAGAAAACAGCUGUUAAAACCAAGGACUCCUAAGCAUCUAGUGGAUUGUUCCUCAGAUCCCUCUAAAUCAGUAAACCAGAGCUCCCUUGUUUCAUUUUCAGCCUUUUCUCCUUAUUCUUAAAUAUGUACAAUGUUGUCCUCGGCUACUGCUACAUCACCCACUGUCAUCCCCAAACCUACAGCCCCAUCUUCUUUGCUUUCCGACUGUUCUUCCUCACCAAAAUCUACACCACCACUCCAAUUGGUUGACAUUUCAGUUACCCCAACUCCACUAAAUCCCCAAAAGUCCACCUCCCCUCCGCUGCCUCUCUCGCCUCCUUUCUCAAUUCGAAAACCCCAAAGUUCUCUGCCACCUUCUAACUCCAAACCUUCUGUCCCUUCUCAACAUAAAGCAAAGGCUCCUAAACCCACAUGCCCACCUCUCCCAGCACAGCAGCCAUCAGCAAUCCCCAAAGCUUCCUCUACAGCCAUGCCCAAAGCCCCUCCACGGCCAACCUCUAAACCUCAUCAGAGACCCCCACCACCACUUACUUCAAAAACGCCCGUUGUACCAUCCCCACCUGUCCAAACUCAGAAAUCAGCCCAUCCCAGCAUUAGCAUCUUAGAGAAGCUGAUCAAGACAUGUCCAGUGUGGCUACAGCUGGGAAUGACCAAGGAAAGAGCUACUCAUAUACUCAGCAAAGAGAUGCCUGGGAUCUUUUUAGUGAGGAGGGACCGUGGCCAGUCACUGAUGGUGGUGUCAAUUCGUCUUCCAGACCAGCAGGGAGUUCCCCAGAUCCUGGACUUGCAUGUGAAAGAGGAAAGGGGAAUGCUGUAUCUUGAAGGCUCUGUCCUGGUCUUUGACAACAUAUUUAAACUAGUUGCAUUCUACUGUGUUAGUCGGGACAUGCUUCCCUUUACCCUGAAAUUACCUCAGGCCAUCAUCCAGGCAAUUAAAUAUGAAGACAUGGAGGUGAUCUCCACACUAGGAGUAGAAUUCUGGGGCUCAGAGCUGAAUAGUCACAUUCGGGAAGAUUUGAGUAAAUCUGCAGACCGCAGUGUCUCCGGAGAGAUUAAGCUUUCCUCUGUAAAUGACCAUCUUUGGUACAUUAACCCCAUCUUCAUUGAGGAAUACUAUAACAGUCUGCCUCCUAACUCUCCUCCACCUAUCCUGAGGUCCCAAAGCCUCAACAUGCCUGUUCAGGCUCUGCCAAAAUUCAAGAGGCCCCCACCACUUCCUCCACGCCCACUUACAAUUUUUGAAGAUGCAUUGACACAAGUGUCAACCAAGGUGGCCAGAGAGAAGUUUACGUCAGAGGAUUCUUCACUUCUCUUGCUCAGUUCUCCUCCGCCUGCGGUGCAAAAAGAGGAAGGAAGUCAAUGUGGGUAUAAAAAGGCUGAGGGAACUCUAUUACCCAGCACUGAGGCAGAAACGUGGUACAAACAAGAUGCGGCACAACCACCUCUAAGUGAAGCAACAAAACAGGGUAGCGGUGCCUUUUCACACAAGAUUCCCCCAGUCCCAGUUCGACGCCGGAUAUCAGAAGGCCAACUUUCAGGAGAAGAAGUCCAGCCGGAACCUUUAAAGGAAAUUGUCUGUACAUCUGUAGCAGCAGAGACCAAUGAGGAUCCUAGUGCUGCUUUGUCUCUCAUUUGCCUUGAUGACAGUAGCAUUGACCAAUGGGUGAGUGGACAGUCGGGACAGUCUAAAACACCACAAGAGGAAGAUCUGGGCGAUCAGUCAAAAAUUUCAAAUGGAGAUUCCACUGUGAAUAUGCUUCCAGUAAUCGACAUGAAGAAGCCUGGUGCUCCAGUGCCACCUCCUAGGAGAAAACGUCCGUCUCAUACUGCGAUCAUAAUUACCCAAGAUGCCAGUAAUACCACUGAAGGUGUCACCCAAGAGCUCAGCCACAUCACUCCGCAGCCCACUCCAAUACUCCAGAACUUUUGUGUCACUGCAGAGCACCACAAAGCUCCAGAUGUGUCAUUAUUUGCCCCUGAAGGAGGUGCUCCCCAGCCGGAUCAUGACUCCUACUCCACAAGCAGCACAGAGGAAGAGGCAGAGCCUACCCCGAUGGGUGCCUUGGUGAAGAGGUCACCCACUGUUAUGCUAGAUCGUGCUAAGCAGCGGCUCUCCAUGGUGAACUUCUCCACCGUCUUCACAAACUUCAUGAGUACUGACCGCAAGCUUCAGAAACGGAUUGUGGAGCUUGCUAGAGAUGGGAACACAUACUUUGGUAACCUGGUACAGGACUACCGGGCCUUUACGCUGGACACUAUGAAGAGGCAUUCAUCCAGUACAGAGAUGCUCCAAGAGAUCAGACAAAUGAUGACACAGCUCAAAAGCUAUCUGAUCCAAAGCACAGAGCUGCAGAAUCUGCAGGAGCUAGCUACUUAUUCUGAGGAGAAACUGGAGAUAAUCAUUGAGGCAUCACUUUAUAAGAGUGUUCUGAAGCCCUUACGAGAGGCAAUAUAUAAUGGACUGAGGGACAUCCACUCCCGUGCAGGCACUCUGAAGAAGCUCAAGGAAAAUCAGCAGAUACUGCUGGGCACCACCACCACUGAUUUGGGUGUGACCACCUGUGUUCCUGACUCACCUGUCAUGGAAAAGAUCCAGGGGAAGUUGGGAAACUUGCAUCAGGAAUACUCACCUCAGAAGAAAAUCGACCUGCUCCUCAAGACAUGCAAGAUCAUAUAUGAGUCCAUGUCUGUGGGCUGCCCAGGAAAGCCUCAUGGUGCAGAUGACUUCCUGCCUGUACUGAUGUACGUACUGGCUCGUUGCAACAUGUCUGCACUGCUGCUUGAUGUGGAGUAUAUGAUGGAACUGAUGGACCCUGCACUACAGCUUGGAGAAGGCUCAUACUAUCUCACCACCACAUAUGGAGCUCUGGAGCAUAUCAAAAACUAUGAUAAGCAGGCAGCUUCCAGGCAGCUCAGUUUGGAAAUCCAGGACUCUAUUCAUCGAUGGGAGCGUCGCCGCACUCUUAAUAAGGCACGUGCCUCACACUCAUCCAUACAGGAUUUCAUCACUGUCUCUUUCUUGGAGGCAUGUUCUAACACAAAGACUUUGGGUGUAGAUCCCAACACCACUGCUCGGGACCUGAGUGCUCAGUGUGCAGAGAAGUUUGAAGUGCUGGAUCCUGACUCCUACUGUCUGAGUGUGCUAGUGGAUGGCCACUACCAACCCCUGACUCCCGAUGAGUUACCACUCGCUAUCAAAUCCAGCCUGCACCACAGUGAGCCACGCAAGGAAUAUUACUUUGUGUACCAACAUGGACGCUGGCCAGUAGAGGAAACUGACAAGCAAAUACCGCAUACCCCUGAAUCAACACCUGCCCAGGAGGAGAGUUUGAUCUGAAGGAAUUACAAAAAGCCAAUAAGCCUCAUAGAUUAGUGCGUCACACAAUCUGUGAGCUCCUAUUACAGAAAAUAAAACAACCUGCAAUAAACAUCACCAGAUUAACAGAAUGCCAUUAAUGAACUGGUCCUUUACUGUACUUCCAUCCUGGUACCAAGUCUACUCCAAAAUUGCACUUUGACCUACGGCAAGAAUGUAAGGAGUUGAAUGGUAAAUGGUCUGCACUUAUAUAGUGCUUUUAUCCAAAGCGCUUUACACUGUGUCUCAUUCACCCAUUCACACACCAGUGGUAGCAGAGCUACCAUGCAAGGCGCUAACUUGCCAUCAGGAGCAACUUGGGGUUCAGUGUCUUGCCCAAGGACAGUUUGGUAUGUGGAGUCACGUGGGCCGGGACUCGGACCCCCAACCCUACGAUUAGUGGACAACCCGCUCUACCACCUGAGCCACAGUUGCCCACAUGGAUGCGUAAUUUUUUUGCUUUAAAAUAACCCAUAAUGUCGAUGAGUACAACAGACAGCCUGUUGCCUGUACUCUACAGCAAAACCCCUGAAGCAAUCAUCACCUGAUUUUGACUUCAUAAGGAGUCUUUAAGAGUGACUUCUGUUUGAUUAAACUGUCAUUAGCUUCUCCUACACACAGCUGAGCUGUCUUCCUAGAACACACACACACACACACACACACACACACACACACACACACACACACACACACACACACACACACACACAAAAAACAGUUUGGCAUUGGUUUGAUUAAUUGAUCCAAUAAACUGAUUCACCGUGACAUCUUUUAUUAUAACAUAUACUGACAUUACCUCACCAGAUUGAGGUAAGGGUUAAGGUUUUAAGACAUUACAAAAGUAUCUUUUUCAGAAAUCGAUGUAUAUUGUUACAAAUAUUUCUUUUUCAUUGAAGUACCAUUUAAACUCGAGCUCAUGUUUAGAUUAUAGCUGACAAACGAGAGGUCAUGUCUUUUUCGUCUUUAUUUUGCGUAUUCUGUUAUUUGCAUGAUAACUUUACCUGGGACAUACAUUUUGCUAUUGCUACUUUGUAUUGGUUACUCUUCCUAUAAUGUUUCCUCCUGAAUUCAGAUGUUCUGGAUGAUAUUUCUAGUUACACAAACAGUAAGCACAUGAAUAAUGUUUGUAUGUCUGACUCAAAUUACUUAAACAUUUGUAUAUAUGACUCAGGGGUGAUUACAUGAUGCAUUACAAUUAAAUAUAUAACAAUUUAAAUCCAGCCAGAGCAAGCAGGGUUAAAAAAAAAAAAAAAAAUCUGUAUACAAUUAAAGUAUCCUUUCUUGACCUGCAAUUGACCUUUUGUGUUUAGUUGCUAAACUUAAAUGAAAACUGGUAAAGACACAGUACUAUUCAUUUACAGUCUAUUUGUAGUAACAUGUUUUUGCACAUGGUUAUGCAUGCAGUAAGUGGAUUAUUAAUUUUUUUUUAAAUUAUUAUUUAUUUAUUUUUCUUCCUGAAUGUCUGUAGCUUGAAUAAGCAGAUUCACUGAUGUUUCUUCUUGGUACAUAAUAUUCUAUAUCUAACUGAAAAUACAAUUCCAUACAAUAUUCUUCUAAAAAUUUUUUUCCUUUUUCAAAAACCUCUGUAGAGUGAUCUAAUAUCACAGGAGCAACAUUAAGAAAUGAACAUUAAGUGGUUUAACUUAAGGAUUAAACCACUAUGUUGCAGUUCUACUCACUGGUCCCUAGCAUACACUCUAAAAAAAACACAGAAUUGUAUUGCUAGAGCUGUUAAAGUGGUGCUUAUAUAUAGACUUUGAAGUAAAUGACUCAAAUAAGUCAUAUAUUUAAGACAAAAGCAUCAGAUUUUGGUCAAAGGAGACAUUUAAAACAUCCAAAAAACUGAAUAAUCAACUUGCGAUCCAGUGGUUAUUACAAACAAGUAAGCCAAAGCUAAUGAAGAUAGUGGUGCAUUUAAUGCCAUGUAAACUGGACUGUUAUUGCACAUUUUUGCUUUUUCUAGCGUACAGUAACGGUUUUAUGGAUAAAUAUAUUGAUACGAACCUUCACUCAAUCACGUGUUAAUUUUUAACAUGCCUGCAUGUCUCGUUAAGGACAGCACAUUUUGGCUUGCUUGUAACGCAGUGUAUUAAACAUUUCCACACGAAGUAGUGUUAAAAAAUAACACAAAAAUAACGUUUAUACUUUUUUCCCUACAAUUAUCCUAAAACGCAAUUUGUUUGUAUGCUAAAACUCAGGUGAUGUUAAUUAUCGCUCUCUGAGUUAUUGUUUUCCAAUUAAUACAUUUUCAAGGGCUCCUUGAUUAAAUAUCACACACUUGGCCAGGCAUUUUCAGCAGCAUUAACGCUAAAUAGUGAUGAACGCUAACUUACCUGCUAUCAUUGCCUCAAAAACCGAUACCUCCAACUGAGGCGAAUUCAGACAGUCCAUGCUGAGUUAAUUUGACCCAAGGAGUUGGGCUGAUGCGUUGGGGUGGUGGAGGGGUGCAUUGAUUCAGGUGUCAGUGAAAAAAUGCCCUAGCCAUUAACCCAACGGUUGGGUUACACAAAACUACCCAAAAAACUACCCAAGACUGAGGAAAAUAACCCAAUUAAAUGACCCAAAAGGCUCGACCCAGUGUUUGGGUAGAAAAAAUAACCCAGCAUUUUUUUUUUUAGAGUGUACCAAAAGUUAAGUUUCAAGGAAAUCAGCUCCUGUUGCAAAUUUGGUUUACAUGCUUACCAAAUUGCUUCAAUUACACAGUAUACACGCACACUUAAAGACAUUUCAGGUGGUUAAAAGUUCACCUGCUGCCUUAAAAAUGUGAGUAAACUCAACUUGAAGAUAUCCCAUGUUUCAACUCAAAAGGUUACAUUUUACAAGUCAAGACAAUGGAUUACUUAAGUGUCAUUUUGGAAAACUUAUAAACUUGAGUUCAGUAUCUAAAACUUGUCAUGACGAUUGGUGUUCAAGAGAAGUAACAAGUUGAGUUCCUUAUAAUGAGUUCCUUAUAAGACUAGAAGAAGUGAGGCAUAGUUAGCAAUGCGUUAUAAUUUUUAAGUUUUUAAGGAAGAACAGUAAAUGGUCAUUCAAAAAGAAAGCUUUGUAUUGCUGGCAUAGUGUGUGUUAAGAGAGAAUAUUUUUUUCUUAUUAUGAAAAUGAGAUAUCUUAAUAGGAUUUCUGACCAAGCAGAUUUACCAGAAGGCAAAGUAAUGACUCCUAGACUGAUAUCUUUUUAAGCUCUUUGGAAUUCUCUGCAACAAAGAAGGCAUAUAAGCUCAUAGUGUAUGUGCUUACUUCUAAAGUCAGUAAAACGGUAAACAAAUGAAAGAAAGAGAAACCUGUACAUUUCCUGUCACUGAUAAAGGUGAUGUUUUCAAUACAUGUAUUAGACUAAAGCAGGGGUUGUCAGCAGGCGUAAAAAUACUGAAAAAUUACUGUUGCUGAGCUGAUAAACGUGUGGAAAAAGCUUUCUGUGCAGAUCCUCUGCUGCAUUUUAUCCAGUCUUAUGCAUUUAAUUAUUUCGCUUAAGGCAGCUCAUCGGACCAGAGACUAGCUACAGACAUUAGGUCAAAAAGGGAAGAGGGGGAUUUUCAUUUAAUUUACCCUCACUUAUCUGAUUAGCAAAAUGAGCUUUUCUCUGAGAUGUGUUUUCCCCGUUUGUAAAUUUAAAACAUGUUUCAUCUGUUCAUAGUCCAUGACAAUAGUCAAAAGGGGUAACAUGUAGUGUCACUACACGUUAAAAUUAAGCAUUAAAAGGUAACUGUUGUUCCUACUCAGUUAUGUCAGUUGCUUAUCCGGACCUAUCUAAGCAGGGAAUUUGAUUUAACUGGACCUUAGCAGAAUUUUAGUUGAAUGCUGGUUUAAAGGGUGAAAUUGGUCUAUGCCUGUUAAGAAGUUCAAAUUAGUAUAUCUAAUUGGGGGAAAAAGACACCAAACUGAUUGUUGGACUGAAAUUAUAACCUUCCUAUAACAGUAAAGCCAAGCAUUAAUCUAACAGGGAAGUUGCAACCUUAAAACAAAAUGAAAACGUUCUGAAAAAAAGUCAAAGAAUAAUACUAAAAAUGUUCAUGGUAAUCAUGACAAUGUGAGGAUUCAUCGUCAGAAAUUGAGAAAUGACCGCACUGUGAGAAAAGCGGAUGGAUGGACAAAAAUAGAAGUAACAGUCCUUGCGUGCA